AUGGGGUCGGGGGCUUCCGCUGCUUUGGCAUACGCCCGCACCCUGGACCUACAGCCUCCGCUUAUCGGGAUAUCGGCGAUAGGAGCGCUGCUGAUGCUAUUCGGUGGGACUUUCCGCCCCAUCUUCCUAGUCUUCACUCUCUGCGGCUACGGCGCCGUGUUCGCGCUCUACUUGUCACACUGGGUGCUGUCCAAGGACUCUGGAACGAUCGAGAUGAAGGAGGUGGCAACUCCCAUCCGUCAGGGAGCCGAGGGUUUCCUCAAGAUUCAGUACACGGCCAUCGCCCGCAUCGCUGUAGCCAUCGCAGGCUUGAUCUUCUUCAGUUACGCACUCAGACCCAGCAGCACGUUGGGCAGCUCGGGCGUGGAGAAGCUCGGCAACUUCACUCUCGGUCUGGUAUCUUCUGUGGCUUUCCUCAUUGGCGCCGUAUGCUCCGCCGCGGCAGGAUACGUGAGCAUGUGGGUUUCGGCCAGGUCCAACGUCCGUGUGGCUAGUGCCGCUCGAGGAUCUUAUGGAGAAGCGCUGCUGGUCUGCUUCAGGGGUGGAGCUUUCUCGGCUGUGCUGGAUAUCACGCUCUGUGUGGGCGGAGUCAGCACGCUGUAUGUGAUGCUGUACAUUCUAUUCGGAUCUGUGCUGCGCCCCACGGAGAUCCCGUUGCUGAUGGUCGGCUAUGGAUUCGGAGCGUCCUUUGUGGCUCUGUUCAUGCAGCUGGGUGGCGGUAUCUACACUAAAGCAGCAGAUGUGGGAGCUGAUCUGGUGGGCAAAGUGGAAGUGGGGAUCCCAGAGGACGAUCCACGUAACCCUGCGGUCAUAGCAGACUUGGUGGGGGAUAUGGUUGGUGACUGUGUUGGCAGCAGUGCUGAUGUGUUCGAGUCAGUGGCUGCAGAGAUCAUUGGAGCGAUGAUUUUGGGUGGAACUUUGGCGCGCGAGGCUCAACUGCCGUAUCCGGUGGCCUUUGUGUUCUUCCCGGUGGUCGUACACGCCUUUGAUAUUGCGGUGAGCAGUGCUGGGAUCUUCAUGGUGCGAGCUCCUUCCGACGUCGAAGCUUCUCGUCCCGAUCACAACCCCAUGGCCACGCUACAGAUGGGCUACAACGUGUCGCUCUCGUUGGCGCUGGUUGGUUUUGCCUUCACCACUCGUUGGCUGCUGUACACGCCCGAACAUCCCUCAGCAUGGAUGAACUUUUUCCUCUGCGGUGUAGUGGGGAUGCUCACAGCCUACGUGUUUGUUAAGUCGACGCAGUACUACACAGACUACGCUCAUCCACCUGUGCGCAGUAUUGCGAAGGCCAGCACUACGGGUCACGGAACCAAUAUCAUUACCGGCGUGGCUGUGGGCAUGAAAUCUACCGUUGUACCGACGCUGAUGGUGAGUUUCGCCGUGAUCUCGGCCUACCACUUGGGUGCCAGAUCUGGCAUUGGGGGAGUGGGGAACCGCCACGCUGGACUCUUUGGAACGGCCGUGGCGACUAUGGGGAUGCUAUCCUCUGCAGUGUUUGUGCUGGCGAUGAACAACUACGGCCCAAUCGCAGACAAUGCUGGAGGUAUCGCCGAGAUGAGUCGUCAACCAGACUACGUGCGUGAUGCUACGGACAAGCUGGAUGCUGCAGGCAACGUGACCAAGGCUAUUACUAAAGGCUACUCGAUCGGCUCGGCUGCUCUGGCUUGCUUCGUGCUGUUCGGCGCUUUCAUGGACGAGUUCUCCGAGUUCGCUGGUCGCGAGUUCAAGACGGUGGAUAUUGCAACGGUGGAGGUUCUGGUCGGUGGUCUGCUGGGUACAAUGAUGGUCUUCUUCUUCACGGGGCUUGCCGUUGCUGCAGUGGGCGAGACGGCCGGUGAGGUUGUCAACGAAGUGCGCCACCAGUUCAAGAUCUACCCGGGUAUUAUGGAGUACAAGGAGAAACCCGACUACCGCACGUGUGUUGCGCUAGUCACAAAGGCUGCGUUGAAGCAGAUGCGCUUCCCAGGUCUGUUGGCUGUGUUGAUGCCAGUCUCUGUCGGUGUUGUCUUCCGUGUGAUUGGUGAGUACCAAGGCAAGCCGCUGUUGGGGGCUGAGGUGUUAGCUGGCUACCUCAUGUUCGGCACCGUGACGGGCAUCAUGAUGGCUCUGUUCCUAGACAACGUGGGCGGUGCGUGGGAUAACGCCAAGAAAUACGUCGAGUUGGGCAACUUCGGGGGCAAAGGUAGCGAGGCGCACAAGGCUGCUGUCACUGGCGACACGGUGGGCGAUCCGUUCAAGGACACGGCUGGGCCAGCGCUGCACGUGGUCAUCAAGCUGUUGUCCACGACGGUGCUGGUGUUCGGUCCCUUGUUCGUGUCGCGUCAAUAG